CUCUCCCAUCUCAUAAACUUUUCCUUUGAGACUUCACUCCCAAACAGCAUAACAAAUAACUUCUUAGCUUCUUCCAUAGACAUUGCAUUAUUCAACUCCUCCAUUCUGAAAGGCAUCACCUCAUCUCUCUUUCCAAUUUCACCACCCUUCUUCCCCACUUUGGCUACCACUAGCGACAAAGGCGAAGGAGAAACCCUAACGACAAUCGCCAUUCGUUUCUCAACAACCGCCGUCAUGAACUCCCUUCUCCACGUCUUAAAUUUCAGUGACUCCUCCGGCGACCCCGAAACGACGCCAAUGACUUCAUCUCUCGGCUUAUUGCGCUUCGACUCCGGUGUUAUGCUCAUCCGAAUCACCAUUUGCAAAUCCUCGUCUUCUCCUCGAUCCGCCAUUCCCCGAAGAAUCAAAACCUUCAAUCCCAGAAAAUCGCAAAACCCUAAGGGAGUGAUUUUUUGGAUUCCAUUUCGAGAAGAUCGAAAAUUUGAUUUUUGUUUUUCAACUUUGAUUGAUGGCAAAGUUAGAGCUUGGAUGUAUGAAAACCAAACAUUCCAUGUGGAAUACGACACUCCCGGAAAGUGUUCUACCAAAAUGCUCUGUAGUUCUGAUGGAACUAGAUUGUUUUCUUAUGGAAAAAGUAAGGAUGGUGCAAUUCAACUCUACAAAGAGUCGAUUUAUGGCUGCUGGUGAAGACAACUAGGAGCAUCAUGAUUUUGAUGUGGUCAAAAGUGCGUCUUCUGAGUUCAAGAGUGCUACUGUAAGGAUCAAUAUAUACAAGCACCACAGACAGACCAUUCAGGUAAGUUCAUUGGUAAUACUUUUUCAUUGAUGAAUAUGACUCAAAAAGUGUCGUAUAAUAUUAAGGAAACUUACUGCAAUGAGGCUACGAUCAAUCGUAAAUUAAUUAUGGCCUUGAUUUACAUCCUAAUUUCUUUCAGUAUAUACUGCCACAUGAUAAUGAAAAGCUUUCACAAGUUGAUUUAUUGGUUAUUGAUAAAGCAGUUGCUAUUCCACUACAUAUGGUGAAGUAUGUGCUUGGCCAAUAUCUGGUCUUCCUGUCUUUUACUGUUAAUGGGUAUGGAUAGUGUUUGCCUUUGGCCAAACCUUCUAUAUAUCAAUUUUUAGUGAUAAAUUAUCAAUUCUUUUGAUUAUCCCUUUCGUUCCUCUUAAUUCAAGUUUAAUGUAUCAAUUUGUUCAUUUUGCUCUUGCAAAGUUAUGAUGGAACUGGACGCUCGUUAUCACUAAAACUUGUGCAUCAACUGCAACAGCAAAGCCAUAUAUCUGCUAAGAGCACAGAAGGCACUGGUACAAUGCUUUUGACUUCUAAAAUUCAAUUUAAAUAAUUACAGUACCAUGUCAUGCACUUUUUGGAAUUGAAAUACAGUCUGAGGGAAUUAUUAAUUUCUCUGCUUUUUAAUGAUCCAUGGUUUGAUUGUAAUAAAAUACACCAUCUAGAUUUUAAUGAUUGAUAACUGAUGCAUUGAGACUGGUAAGGGAUAAAGGAGUAUUUUACGGAGGAUCUAGUUAUGGCUUGCUUCAAAAUACUACCUACUAUCUAACUUCAAUGCUUUUCAACUGCUCUAGUUAUGGUUUUCAUUAUAAUUGAUAUUUUACUUGUUCUUUUCUUGCAUGACAAAGCUUCUGAUAUUUUCAAUAUAAAUUCCUAGAUAAUUUAUAGAAGUUGAGUGCUAACUAACCUGUUGCAGUAAGUUUAUGUUUUUUGUUGUUUGUAUUUUUCUUCAAAACAUUUUACUUUAUUUUAUGGUUGGUUCACUUAAUCAUUUGCGAAAUUUGUGUGGAAGCGGAGGUGGUUGAUGAAAUGUUCAAGAACCAAAAAUCUUACCAUUCGUUUUGUUCUGAAUGUGUAACAAAACACAUGGCAACAAAAAUCCAAGAAAAAAUUAUGAUUGUUCCUUGUCCUGGUUUGAAUUGCAAGGGUUUGGUGGAGCUUGAUGUAGUUGCAGAAGUUUGCUUCCAAAAGAAGUAAUUGAUAG